AUGGACUGUAUCAUUAGUGUUCGUGACUUUUCAACCCGCCUUGUUGUAAUAUAUAGACCUCCUCCAUCCAAAACGAAUGGCCUAAGUACUUCAAAAUUCUUGAACAAUGAGUUUCCUGAUUUUCUGUCGAAAUAUGCUGAAACUGACAAAACCACAGUGUUUCUAGGAGAUACAAACUUUCACAUUGAUAAACUUGAUAAUCGUGAUGCGCAGAAUUUCUUAUCCAUCCUGAACACAUUUGGAUUAAAACAGUUAGUCAAUGAACCGACACAUGUAGCUGGACACAUUUUAGAUGUAGUCAUAACAAGAGAAAAUGAAAAUGUAGUAUCUGAUAUUAAAAUAACUGAUCCUGGAUUUAAAACUUCAAACGGAAAAGUAACACGUGACCAUUUUGCUAUCCUAAUGAAAGUUAAUGUUUCGAAACCACCACCUAUUCGUAAAACAGUCACAUACAGAAAAUCUCGUGAUAUAAACAUUGAAGAUUUCAAAGCAGAUAUUAGAUCAUCUGAACUUUUUGGUCCUAAACCAGACAGCAUGGCAGAAGCAUCAGAGAAAUAUCACACUGUCCUUUCAUCUUUGUUAGACAAACAUGCACCUGAGAAAACAAAAACAAUUGUUCUCAGACCCCAAUGCCCGUGGUUCAAUCAAGAAAUACAUGACGAGAAACACAUUAAACGUAAACUUGAAAGAAAAUGGCAGGAAUCAAAAUUAACUGUAGAUCAUGAAAUAUACAGAAAACUAGCUCAAGAUUUUAGUGAUUUCUUUGAAAACAAAAUUGAAAAAAUCAGAUCUGACAUAGCAUCUAAAAAUGAAUGUAAUACAACAAAUGAAUCUAAUUCAACUCAAAUACAAAAGCCUAAAGAAACAUUCAGUGAAUUUGAAGUUAUUACAGAAGAGCAAGUUCUUAAGCUCAUAUCAAAGUCAUCUACUAAAUCAUGUGAACUAGAUCCGAUACCGACUUGGCUCCUAAAAGAAUGCAAACUUGAAGUAUCACCAUAUCUAACGCACAUGUUCAACUUAUCAUUUUACACCGCCGACGUACCUCCACGCAAUAAGACUUCGAUAAUCAGACCACUAUUAAAGAAAGACAAUUUGGAUCAAGAAAUUAUGAAAAACUUUAGACCAGUUGCUAAUGAAACAUAUGACUCAAAACUUCUAGAAUCUGCGGCUGACUGUCAGUUUGAUAUGUUUCUCAACACUAACAAUCUACAUGAACCAAAUCAAUCUGCAUACAGGAAAUUUCAUUCCACAAAAACUGCACUUAUCAAAGUGCAAAAUGACAUCUCCAAUCUCUUGACAAAGGCGAAGUUACAAUAUUAG